AUGGCGGAAAGGAACGCGGGUGAGGACAGUAGCCUCAUAGGGUCUUUUGUGUCCUGGGGAAGCGAUUGGCUGGGGUAUGCUCAGAACCAAAUCAACAGUUUCAUUGGGUUCGACCAGCUUGAGGUUGUGAACCCCGAGAGCGAGGGCGCUGAGAGGGGGGCCAGCGCCGGGAACUCAGACGAUGAACGCCAACAGCUGUGGUCCAGCUUUCAGCAGUAUGUCGGGAUGGACAUCACUUCCCUGGUCACGGUGCCCGUGUGGAUCAUGGAGCCAUUCUCAGUGCUCCAGAGAAUGGCUGAGAUUAUGGAAUACACAGAGAUUCUGGACAGGGCCAACGCGUGUGAAGACCGCUUGCAGCGGCUUGCGCUUGUGGCGGCCUUUGGCGUGACACCCUACGGUUCGUCCGAGCGUCCAUGGAAGCCUUUCAAUCCGAUUUUGGGAGAGACUUUCCAAUUGCAGUGCGGCAACGGUGUGCGCUUUCUGUCAGAGCAAGUCUCUCAUCAUCCUCCGAUUGGCGCAGCCCACGCGGAGAACCGGAACUUCGUGUAUGACAUCAUUGCAGCGCCAAAGUCAAAGUUUCUAGGAAACUCUGUGGAAAUUUAUCCACAAGGGCGGACGCGAAUAAGGCUGAAGAGGACAGGGGAGGUGUUUUCGCUGGUGCCGCCGACGUCAAAGGCGUGCAAUGUCGUGGUUGGUGGCAUCUGGAUCGACUCAUUUGGGACUUUGACUGUGGUGAACGUGAGCACAGGUGACAAAGCCGCUUUGGAGUUCACGCCCUGCGGCUGGUUUGGUGCUGGGCGAUAUGAGUACGAAGGACACGUUACGGACGGCAGCACUGGCGCAAAAGCCCUGCGCGUAUUUGGAAAGUGGAACUCGCAUUGCUCUGUUGAGCGCUUGGAGGAUGGUUCGGCGGAGAGCAGUGGUCAGGCAGAGCGCUUGUGGACUUGCGCAGAGAAGCCCGCCGAUGACGUCUACAGCCGCACCCAUUUUUGCUUGAAGUGCAACACGUGCUCAGGCGCUGCUGAGCCUCUCGCUUCCGAUUCACGCCGUAGAUCAGACAUAGCGUUCCUUAACAAGGGAGACUCCACCGCGGCAGGGACUUGGAAGUACGACCUGGAGGAGAUGCAAAGGGCAGAAAGGCGCGAGAGAGAGAAAAGGGGCGACACCUGGGAACCCAGGUGGUUCCGGAGGGUGUCCAGUGGGGACCCAGAGCUCACCGUGCACCCCUGGGAGUACUCAUUGAAGGAAGUGCCGCACUGGGAGUGGACAGGGGACUUUGACAAUUGGGGGGGACCUGCACGUGUUUCUAAUGAAGACAGCGUGCUGGGCCAGGGGUUCUCCCCAUGGCAAUAUCCGGAGUUGCAUGGAAAGGCAUGA